CAAGUGCCGAUGGACAGGAACAGCUGUUUGACAAAUGACAGCUCAUGCUCUGAAUUCGUUUUAAUUGUUGUUUUCUGUCGUUAGAUAAACUAUUUUAAAGCUGGAUUUAUAUCUGCAAGUGCCGAUAGCAAAACAUAUGUACUGUUGAUGCUCUAUUAAUUUUAACAGGAUAUGAAAAAGGGAAGGAAACACCAGCAAGGUACAGGAGCCCGGGUGAAUGGGAAUGCACAGCAACAUGGAGAGCAUGAGUCGUGGAAAAAGCUGAAGCUGGUGGAGAUCCACCAGGCCCUGAACUGUGACCCUGUGGACAUUGAGACCCUGCGGAGGGCGGCCAUCAGCGAGGGAGGCCUUCUAACAGACGAGAUCAGGAGGAAAGUCUGGCCCAAGCUGCUCAGCGUCAAUGUGUACAACUUGCCUGCUAAACCAACCAAGGAUAUCCGAGAGAACCACAAGGACUUCAACCAGGUGCUCCUUGAUGUCAGGAGGUCCAUGAAACGUUUCCCAAGAGGCAUGCGUGUGGACGAGAGGCAGGUACUACAGGAACAGCUGAUCGACAUCAUCCUGGUUGUCCUACAGAAGAACCCUGCGUUACACUACUACCAGGGUUACCAUGACAUCGUGGUCACCUUCCUACUGGUGGUUGGAGAGCGCAUGGCCAUUGCCAUGGUGGAGACCCUUUCCAAUCACCACCUCAGGGAUUUCAUGGAUCCUACCAUGGACAGCACCAAGCACAUACUGAACUACCUAAUGCCAAUACUGGAGCAAGUUGAUCCACAGCUACAUGAUUUUAUGCUGAGGGCCGAGGUGGGCACCAUCUUUGCUCUGAGCUGGCUCAUCACAUGGUACGGCCACGUCCUGUCUGAGUUCCGUCACGUUCUCAGGCUCUAUGACUUCUUCCUGGCUUCACACCCUUUGAUGGCCAUCUACUUCGCUGCUGUGAUCGUCCUGCACAGGGAGAAGGAGGUGAAGCAAACCGAGUGUGACAUGGCCAUGGUGCACCAACUCCUGUCUAAGAUCCCCCAGGACCUGCCCUACGAGGAGCUCAUCACCCAGGCCCACUGCCUCUUUACCCGCUACCCACCCUCCCUGCUGGCCAAGCGUGCUGCUCUGCAGUCCCGCAAGAGCAUCACCAUCAACUGUUUCAAGGCUUUCCAGACGGCCACUCAGCAGCAGCGGCCUGACUCGGUCCUACGUCGGCAGCUUCUCCAGGGCCGGGCCCGAGGCCUCGGAGGCCCAGACUCCCAGCUGGUCCUGUCCAGGGACACGCAGCCGAACCAGGAUGCCAACCAGGCUGCCAACCAGCUCGUCAAGAUGGCCGUGUGGGGCAUCUCAGCCACCUUGGGGGCGGCCGCUCUGGCUGUGGCCCAGACCGCCCUGGACUGGGCUCCUGACUUCUUCAUGCAGCUCUUCUGAUGGACGUACUGCAGCCUGCUGUUAAGGAGCAGAGCAGAGGGGAGGGAGGUGGGCGGCAGGGAGAGGGGAAACUCCUCUGCUUAAGGAGUAGGGGGAAUGUUAUGCCAGGGAAAGGAGGGAGGGAUGAGCUAGUGCCGAACAGGUUGUGUCACUCACACAUAUGUAGACCACCAGCCGAGGAGAGGGGGCGAGGGGGGGUUGGCACCUCAAAGAACCUUGUGUGCCAAAAUUUGUUCCAUUUAAAACAAAGGGGAGGGAAAAAAGCAUUUAUUUAUUCAGUAGUGUUUUUAUUUAUGUAUUUUACUUGUGCUAAUAUUGGGGAAUGGAAGGUAGCCAGUAGAUGAGUUUUUGUAAUGAUAAGCAUUUUUGAGUGCCAGCCUGUGUGCCGUCAGCAAGUAUGUCUGGAGAGAAAAACGCACCGGUAGCUAAUUCACAGCAGCAGGCACACAAAUUAUUAAAAAUCCUUUUUUUUCCUGCUGAAUGCCUUGGGUUGUGAGCGACGGGAGCGGUUCAUUAGGGGGUUAUUCAGAGAGGUCGACUCUACAGAGAGAGACAGAACUACAUUUCUGCUUUAAAAUGCCACUUUAAAGUAACUGGGUUCACUUAGUCGAUGGUGAAUGAGGAUGUAUGCAGUACAUACAGUGAGGGGAAAAAAGUAUUUGAUCCCCUGCUGAUUUUGUAUGUUUGCCCACUGAUAAAGAAAUGAUCAGUCUAUAAUUUUAAUGGUAGGUUUAUUUGAACAGUGAGAGACAGAAUAACAACAAAAAAAUCCUGAAAAACGCAUGUCAAAAAUUUUAUAAAUUGAUUUGCAUUUUAAUGAGGGAAAUAAGUAUUUGACCCCUCUGCAAAACAUGACUUAGUACU